AUGAUAUAAAUUGUUAACGAUGAUCUGAUCCCUUAAAAUAUCAAGGCGAAUUCUCGAUUAAGGGAUGCCUACAUAAAGUAUUAGGAGUUGGUUUCAAGAGGCAAAAUCAAAUUGAAAAUGAACAAAUAAAUUAAUUGCGAUAUAGGCUAACAACUUUAUUUCUUCAAACAUAAGGAUGCCCUGUUUUUUCAACAUCCCGAUAAACAACAAGAAUACUAUGAAAGUUUGCUGAAUAGUCUCACAAAACAAAUUAAACCUCAGAAAGCAAUUUCAUACGAAAAGCAAUUACUUUUAUAAAUUUAAGCUCUGAAUCAACAAAAAUAUACACCGGAUACUUUGAAGAAUGAAAUAACCUCACUUUUCAAAAGAAAGAUCUCUUAAUUAAAGAUCAGAAAACAGAGAACCUUUUAGCAGGAGGGUAAUAUAUAAAAGCCAGAAGCCGAGUCAAUUUAUAAGUACAGAAUACAGUGGAUUGACAAUUAAAUAAUAAAUUUGAAUUAACGAUUGGAAAGACUUAGAAUUGAUGAUGGGAUUAAAAUUUAAUAAGACAAUCAAUAAGCAUUAUAUAGUAAUAUCUUUGUGGAUGAUGUUGAAAUUUAUUUGAGGAAUAAGAUUUAUUUUGAUAAAAUCAAAAUGCCAUUUCGCAAAUUGAAGUAUGUUUUAAAAUGGAUGCAUUUCUUGGAUCGAUUUGAAAUCCAAGAGAACGCAAACAAAAUUGUAAAUCAAUUAAGAGUCCAAAAUGGCGAAUAGAACCAAUAAUACUUUAAUGAUAAUGUGACCAAUAUUGAAGGCAAAUUAAACCUGAAAUAUUAUGUUGUACUACAAUUAUAAGAAUAUCUGAAACCACUCAAAUUUUCAUUGGAUGAAAGUAGAAUAACUUAAAGAUUUGACCGUCUUCCUUUAGUAAUUCUGACAGAUUAUGAGAUGCAUAAUAGAUUGUAUUAAAUAGCCUCUAAAUUCCUUAAAAACCCUAGACAAUUUGGAGAAUAGAAACUUAUCUUUCACCUAUGUAAUUUAUAGCACAUGCUUGAUGGAUACUAGAAGUAUCUCUACGCUUGGGAUAAAUCAGAGAAAAAUGAAUACGAUGGCUAUAGUGGCCUAUAGAAGUUAACAAUAGAACUAAGUGCUUUUGAUGACUCGGAAGAACUUAUCAAAUAGUUAAAUUACCCAUUACCAAUUUACCCUAACUUAUCACUAGUAUAUGUCAAAAACGAUUGGAAAAUGCUGUUAAAUUGUAAGAAUAUCGUCCCCGACGAAUACUAAACUUUUAUGUCAAAUAAAUUAAACUUUGUAACUGUUGAUGCCUACACAGAAAAAUUGAUAUAGUUAUUACCGAUUCAUUUGAAUAAAUCCAUGUAAGCCUAUAUAGAUUAACAAAUUAAACAAAUUAGAAGUGAUAAUUACGCACUUUUCAAUAUCAUUGAGAAUAACGAUUACAUUGAAUACACAAGAGAAUCUUUAAGGCUAAAGUAGAUUAAUGAACUUUAUGAACAAAUAUGCAAUAAAGAGAUCCACUAUAGACAUAAGACGAAGUUCAAAUCAGACCUAGUAAAAGCAUUUGAAGAGUUAAUGAUUGAAUUGACUCCUAAAGAAACUCAUUUGUAAGCCUACUUUUCAACAAUGGUCUGCAAGAUGAGAGAAUUCCAUCGCAAAAUAUUUUAUAUUGUUAAUGCUCUUUAGUCAAUCGAAAGGAAACUUACUUUUAAUUUGCUUUCUUUGAGAGAAUGCAAAGUAAACACAACUGUGGACACCUAAUUUCUGAUCAAAGUUAAUUAACUAUAAAAAUAAGAUACUGCAGAUCAAUAAAUCAAUCAAUUUAUCAAUCAAAGAAGAAAUGCAGUAAUUUCUUAUAUAGAUGCUACUGAAAAAUCUUCUUAGAAAGUCAAAUAAAACCUAUCUCCAGAACUAAAGUUUUGUAGAGUUGAAGAUGAAAUCUAAUAUUCAAAUGAAGAACUGCCAGAUGUUUUUGUCAACCAAAAGAUUCAAAAUCCUAUCUACGACAGUACUAUUGAUGAAUUCAAAAGGAUAAUGAAAAGAAUAGUUUAAUCAAUAUCUCUCUACAUCAAUAAAUACGAGAAAAUCAGUAGCAUCAAAUCUAUAAAUCCGAUAGUUGAUAGAUUUCAAUGUGCACUUGAUUGUCUAGAACAGGAAGCUAUAUACCAAUUUUAGAAACUCAAAUUGGUUUAAACUUAUAUGAAGAUAUUUGACAAUACAGUAGAUCAAUAUCAGGCAUCAGAGAUAAUUGAAACUAUCUUUGAGAUUAUCCAAGCCAUUCCAUUGUUAGACUUAGAGUCAUUUUACUUCAAAGACAGCUACAUUCUUAAUUAAGAUUUAUUGAAAAGCCAAAGAGAGUUUAUGGAACUAUUAAUUAACAAACAAUAGGAACAUGAGAUUGCAUAAGUCAAAUAAAUACACGAACAAUACUUGUUAAUGCGGAUGCAACAAGAUGAGAUUGAAAGAGUACUCAGUAGAGCUGAAACUCCUAAGAUCGAGUAAAAGUCUGCCAGAGACUAAAGAUUGAAUGAACAGUAUGAUUAUUACAAUGUAAGCAAUAAGAUGUCUUAAAUCUUCUAAGAACUUAAUACUACUAACAAACAAUCUGCAGUCAAUCUAAAUUCUAACUCAAAAGAUCUGAAAAUCAUUGAUCCUAAUGCCAUAUUACUACCAUUUCAAAUUCUAGAGGACUACAACGGACUCAAUUUUACGGAAUCCUUGUAUCUAGUUACUUUUAUCAUCAAAACUUUCAAAAACAGCUUUCAAAUGCUAUUAGAAUAAUUCCCUCAGAAUUCUAUUUAGGGUUAUUUAAGUCUUUAAAUAGCGUCUAUGAAAUAGGCACAAGUAUACGAAUUUUAAGAUUAAAAAUUACCUUAUGUUAAAAAAUUUCAUGAAAAUACUUUCUUUGAAUCUGAGUAUGGAUUGAUCUAAAAGUAUUUUGAUAGAAUCAAAUCUACAGUGUAAAAUGACAUAAGUCCAUAUAUUCUGAAUGUUUCUUUAUAUGAUUUAGAGAGGACUUUAAAUUAACAAUAGAUUCAAAUUACAGAUAUUGGAGCAAUCAAUAAUCUCAUGGAAUAUUUGAGGUUGAGGAAGCACUUCUUAAAUAUCUAAUUAGAGAUGAAGGUUCAACAUAGAAUACAUAAAAAAAUACAUGGAUAUCAAAAAAUGAGCAAAACAAAUGACUUGUAUUUUAAGAGCAAUUUAGUGGAAACGCAAAGCCAAUAUAAGAAGAACCAAGCUGUAAAAUAUUGUUUUUCUCCAUUUUGUUUUGAGAUUGAUGCGACCUAAGAAGUGCCUUUUAUUUUGUUAAAACAAUUUGAAUUGUUAGUAUUCAAUGAUGUGAUCGAAGAAUUUAGAAAUAUCUUAUUAUACGAUUAGAUCAAUGUGAUGUUUCUCUAAACUUAAAAUGAAUUGAGAUUUAACUAUAUUGAUGAUUAUAUCAAAGCUUAAUUAGAUCUGAAGCACUUUGCAUAGGUUGGGUACUUGCCCCAAAACUCAAAAUUAACCAUAAAGCAAAUCAGUUAAUAUGAGUUCAAUGAUAAAUUAUUAUUAGCAAGUCUGCCGAAGAAGCCUACAGAAAUAGAUGAUUAUUUGAAAUAAGCCAAGUCCGUGAAAGCUGAAUUAUUUAUCAAAUACGUUAAUAAAUACAAGGAGAGACCAAGAGUCAACUCUUUCCAAAGUGAUAAAAUGCAGAUUUUAAGUAUAAAAAAGGAUUAGAAUUUAAAACUAUAUUUAAUAAAACGCUUGAUUUAAGAUUUCUUGAGCAUCACACAACAUGAAGCCAUAAAAGUUGAUAUUUUCUCUAAGGAAAUGAGAAUUAAGAGAAUUUCAUAAGUAAUACCUAGUUCAAGCUAAAUUGAUAAGAGUUUCUUUCUCUCUUUCUAAGAAGAGCAAACAGUUUAUGUGCAAUAAUUUAAAAGGAUUGCUGAGAAAUUGGAAACUCACAUUCACAUUGAUCAAUUUUAUUCCAGAGAUGACUUUUAAAACCAAAAGCAACAGGAUCCAAAUAGGGAACUCAGGUAAUACUAUAAAUCCAUACAUUAAUACUUGAUGGAAGUGUUGAGACACAACACAAUAUUUCUAAAUUGGUUUGAAUUAAUGCAUAUGAAUGAGCUGUACUUAUUCAAUCUAUCAUUUGAUUACUAUGAUCAAACUAAAGAGAUGCUCUAUUAGGGUAAACUCGGAAAAAAUCCAAUUAAAAGUGUUUUGGAGUAUGAUAAGAAUCAAAUGGAUAUUAAAUAAUGCAUAUCAGAUUAAGUAAUAGAGCAACGUCCUUUGGUAGCUUAGGCAAUUGAUAAGAUGAUAGAUAAAAUUAAAUCCUUUUAUUAAAUAAACAAAGCCUUUGAACCUUUUCUUUAGUAAAUAGAGUUAUUCAAAUCGAAAAGCAAAAUGACUGAAAUCACACCAGAGAUUAAGCAAUCAUACUUAAAUCUGUAUUCCAAAACCUAUUACAUUUAUAAUCAAUGCAAAUUCUUCAUAUCAAAAGAUUAUCCAGACUCUGAGUAUUACUACUAGUAUUAAUAGAUCAAUUAAUGUCUUUUCUUGCAACAUCAAUUCAGCGCUGUUAAUCUAAAUUUCUUCAAAACCAUAUAUGUCAGAUACCAAAAUAUGUAUAAGGUUAAGCAAAAAGACUUGUAUAGAAAAUUCAAGAAAUUGAACUCCAAUACAUACUCUGAUGAAAUUAGAAUGAUCAACUUAGUCUUGCCCAUAAAUAAUGAGAAUCUGUUGACUCAUUAUCAUAAUGAAUAACAUUAAAAUGUGAGUUUGAUGUUGUAGGUCCCAGGAGUAAUUGGAGUCAAUGAAAGGAUUAUGCUAAGGAAACAGAAUGUAAAUGAGAUUAAAGAGUAAUGCAUUUCAACUCUUUUGUCAAAUACAUAUGUUUUACUACAAAAUCCCUAUAUCUAUAAUAUGAGCAGUGUGGAAUUGAAAUUGUACUACAAUGAUCUAGAAAUAUAAUUGAAAGAUUAAAAGAUCACUUUAAAAGAAUUGGUGUAUAAUCAACUUACCAAUACUUCAAUAAAGGCCAUGAAUGAGAAUGUUCAUCUGUUGCAAUAAUACUUGAACGUCGCUCCAGAGUACAUUGAAAAAGCAGAGAUUAUGGAUAAAUUAGUGUCUAAAAUAAACAUUGCUAUUCCAAGAGUGAAAUUCAUACAAAGUUUACAAAGCACUCUAAGUCAAAAGAGUGGAGAAAUACAUAGCGCAUUGAAGAUAGCAUUCAUACAAGGAUUCUUGAAUAGAUUGAGGAACAAAUCAAUUCAAACCAAUCUUUUGGUUAGUGGAAUGGGUUAUUCAAUAAGUUCCUAAGACAUCGAGGAUUGUCUCAAUAUUUUGAAUAGAGAUUUAUACACUUUUGCUGAAAAUGAAAUUGCUGCAAGAAUGGAAACGUUCAAUUUGAUUUAUGAGUAAUAAAAGACUUAGAUUAAGUAAUUGAAUAGAUAAUUGAAAGAAAAGACUUUGGAACAUGAUUAAUUGAAGUAAUCUUUUGAUGAAAGAUUAUAAGCACUUGUGAUAGCAAAAAGUAAUAAGAUUUUAUUUGAUUUGGAUAUGCUAAAAUCGAAAUUUAAGGAUUAUCAGAAGUGUACAUUGGGAUUAGAGGAGAAUAUUAGAGAGUAAAUUGAGAGUAAAUACAAAAUUCAUGUUGAACAAUUGACUUUCGAGAGAGACAGAGUAAUCGAAAAGUUUAUGGACCUAAAAUAAUAGUUGAUAACUCUAUUUACUCAAGAAGUACAAACAAAUUAAGACGCCCUUAUUAAAUUCAUUUAAUAGAAGACCAAUGAAAUGUUAUCAGAAAUUCCUUUGUAUAAGAGAUCGCAUAGUUAGGGUAAUGAUCUAAAUGAGAAUGGUCAUCAGGGAGAACAACACUAAAAGGUUGAAUUGCUUUUUGAACCCUACAAAUUCACCAAGGCCUUGCAUCAAUUAAAGGAUAAAUGGCAAUAAGAGACUGAAGAUUAGAAGAUCAAUUAUGAGAAAUAGAUUUAGUAAACUUUUAAAUUCUAUUCUUAGAUUUUAUAAAUAACAAUGUUUGGAAUUUGA